AUGUCGGUUACCAAGAAACAAAGAAUAAUUAAUUGUGUUUCGCAACUACCUUAUAAAAUUCAAUUGAAUGAAACAUCAAAUACUUGGAAAUUGUUUCCUUUAUCUGGCAAUAGUGCCCUUUACUCUUCCUUAAACUAUUUAAGCCAUUCAGAUGAGUACGAACAAGUUAUAGUUGGCUGGACUGGUGAAAUUACAAGAGAAGAUAAUUUAACUGCUCAGUUGAUAAAGCAACAACAACAGCAGCAGCAACAGGAAAGACAUGACAAAUCGCAGAGCUCAGAUAACAUAGUUGAAGAUACAACUAUUACUACAAGCAACAACGAUAACCCAACUGGCUCCAUCCCAUUGGAAGCGGACGAACCAUUUUAUUUAACACCUAGUCAGAUGGACAAUUUGAACAAUGCUUUAAAUUCAAAGGAUGAAAAAAAUUACAACCCAAUUUGGUUAUUACGGAAGGAUCAAAGUAGAUGGAGACAAUAUGCUGACAAGACCAUUUGGCCUACUUUCCAUUACAUCUUAAACCCAUCUGUCAUCGAAUCAGAUUCUAAAGGUAGUGGUGAACAAGAGAAUAAUUGGUGGUAUGACUAUGUCAAAUUUAAUGAAGCCUUUGCAAUGAAAAUAGGUGAAAUAUAUCAAAAGGGCGAUAUCAUUUGGAUCCAUGACUACUAUUUGAUGUUACUACCACAAUUAUUAAGAAUGAAGUUUAGUAAUGAUAAUGUCCUUAUUGGUUACUUCCACCAUGCUCCAUGGCCAAGUUACGAAUAUUUCCGUUGUUUACCAAGAAGAAAACAAAUAUUGGAUGGUCUUGUUGGUGCUAAUAAGAUUUGUUUUCAAAAUGAGCAAUUCUCAAGACAUUUUGUAUCUUCUUGCAAAAGAUUAUUGGAUUGUACUGCUUCCAAAUCGAAAAAUUCCAAUGGUUUCGACCAAUAUCAAUUGAGCGCAUAUGGUGGUGAUGUCGUUGUCGGAUCUUUACCCAUUGGUGUAGACAAAAAUCAGAUAUUGAAAGAUGCCUUCACUAAAGAUAUUGACUCCAAAGUUCGUGCUAUUCAAGAAGCUUAUCAAAAUAAAAAAAUUAUUAUUGGUAGGGACCGUCUCGAUUCAGUUCGUGGUGUGGUACAGAAAUUAAGAGCCUUUGAGACUUUCUUGGCAAUGUAUCCUGAAUGGAGAGAUCAAGUAGUAUUGAUUCAAGUAUCCUCGCCAACAACAAAUAAAGAUUCUCCACAGACCAUCAGACUGGAACAACAAGUUAAUGAUUUAGUCAAUUCUAUCAAUUCCGAAUAUGGUAGUUUGGAUUUCUCUCCUGUACAACAUUAUUAUAUGAGAAUCCCAAAGGAUGUCUAUUUAUCUUUAUUAAGAGUGGCAGAUUUAUGUGUUAUUACAAGUGUAAGAGAUGGGAUGAAUACAACUGCCUUAGAAUAUGUGACGAUUAAGUCUAAUAAACAAAUGUCUAAUCAUAAGUGUUAUGGAAGUCCUUUGAUUCUAAGUGAAUUUUCUGGUUCUGCCACCCUUUUGAAAGACGCAAUCAUUGUAAAUCCAUGGGAUUCUGUAGCAGUAGCUAAAUCAAUCAAUAUGGCUCUAAAGAUGCCAAGAGAUGUUAAAGAGAACUUACAAGCUAAGUUAUCCCCUGAAGUCCCUACUAUCCAAUCAUGGACCGAUUUAUUCUUAAAAUCUUUAUUAGCAUUAAAUACCAACAAUAGUGAUCGUAAAAUUACUCCUGCUUUGAACCGUCCUGUCCUUUUACAAAACUAUAAAGAAGCCCAACGCCGUCUAUUCUUGUUUGAUUAUGAUGGUACUUUAACGCCUAUAGUAAAAGAUCCAGCUGCUGCUAUCCCCACUGCAAAAUUAUACAAUAUUAUGGAGAAAUUAGCAGAGGAUCCAAAAAACCAAAUUUGGAUUAUAUCGGGCCGCGAUCAACAAUUCCUUAAUAAAUGGUGGGGGUCCAAAAAUAAAAAUGUUGGUUUAUCUGCAGAACAUGGAUGUUUUAUCAAAGAUGUUAACAGUGAAGACUGGGUCAAUUUAACAGAAAAAGUUGAUAUGUCAUGGCAAGAACGAGUCACUAAAUGUAUGGAAGAAAUCACCACCAAGACACCUGGCUCCUUUAUUGAAAAAAAAGAAAGUCGCCUUAACUUGGCAUUAUAG